CCCCUCCUUUUCACUCCCCAGCUCCAGUUCAGCAGUUGGACAGAGCAGCUGUCGCUGUCCCUCAGUUAUAUUGCAUCAGAGAAGGGUUUUAAGCAUGCCCAGAGAGAGCUAGAAAUGUUGGGUGGAGUAGAAGUGGUUGGGCAAGAAGUUGGGAAAGGGUGCCAGCCAACAGCCUGCUUGAGAUCUGGAUCCAAUGCGAGACUAGAUCCACAGUGACCCAAAUCCAAAGGACUUCAUCAGGGACCACAAAUCAAGAACGGCAGUUGGCCGCUAUAGAUUUUCUGUUUGGGGCGUUCUUGCCCUCCAUGCUUGGACUCCUUCAAACAUGGAGACUCAACAGCCAAGGGUCAUGAAGGAGGACUCCAAGACCAAGGAAGAAGCAGGUGCAGCUGUGGAUGAGGAGCUAGCCAAAGCCAUAAUGGCUCGCUGUUUCCACCCCUCCAUCAUGGGCCCGGAGGCCUGGGAGGGAUACGUCUUUUCUGAUCUGGAAAUCCGUAUCAAAGAGUCCACAGACCUCUAUGGAGCUGUACUCUGGCCCUCGGCAAUGGUGUUGUGUCAUUUCUUAGAGACCAACCGAGACAAACACAACCUGACGGACAAAAAUGUGAUUGAACUGGGUGCUGGAACUGGGCUCGUCUCCAUUGUAUCCAGCCUGUUGGGUGCUAAGGUGACCUCCACUGACCUGCCAGAUGUUUUGGGGAACCUCCAGUACAAUGUAAUGCGCAACACCAGGGACCGAUGCAAGUACAUCCCUCUGGUCACAGAACUCAUCUGGGGUCCGGAGGUGGAGCAGCGUUUCCCCCGUGCCACACAUUGUUUCGACUACAUCCUGGCAGCUGAUGUGGUGUACUCCCAUCCUUACCUGGAGGAGCUGAUGGACACAUUUGACUACCUGUGCCAGGAAAAUACGCAGAUCCUGUGGGCCAUGCGCUUUCGUCUGGACCCAGAGAACAGCUUUGUUGAUCGCUUUCGGCAACGCUUCCAUGUGGAUGAGCUGUACGACCUCCCCAGUCUGAGUAUCAAACUGUACAGAGCCUGGAGGAAGGACAAGAGGACUAGAGACCAGGGACAGGCUGCUGCCUGAACUGUUAACACAAUGCAUAUUCAUUGUGUGUGAGUGUUUCUGUGACUGCAGAAUUAGGUGAAAUGUAUAAAUUGUGUUACUGAACGGGAAAGUUUCACUUAUUCUGUAAUGUCAAGUGUUUUCAUGGAUCUCUUGUGCAAAUGUCUAAAUGUCUCUUUUACAUAAAGACUUUAUGAUGUU